AUGGAUAACUUGUACAAGAUAUGGUUCGUUGUUUUGGCAAGUCAAUGUAUGUUACUAGCCGGCCAAGAAACUGAGACUACAGUCUUUGAUGUUCAAAGUUAUGGAGCCACCGGUGAUGGAUAUAGCGACGAUACUCAGGCUUUCGAGGAUGCAUGGAAAGCUACGUGCAAUUUUUCAGAAUCUUCACCAACCAUGCAUAUUCCUGAGGGACAUGAGUUUUUGCUGCAACCAUUAACCUUCUCUGGUCCUUGCAAGUCAAACAAUAUUACCUUUCUGGUUGACGGGAAAAUAAUUGCACCCAGCGAACCUCAUGAUUGGAAAUGUGGUGGUGAUGGAGAAAGCUGUGAAGAAUGGAUUGUGUUUGAAAAUCUGGACGGCAUCAUCAUCAGUGGAGCUGGUACCAUCGCUGGUCAAGGAUCAAACUGGUGGCCUCUCUCUUGUGAUGAUGAUAAACUUGCCUGCCAUAAAAAACCAACGGCGCUUGUUAUUUCAAAAUCAAAUAACGUAAGGCUGAAUGGGUUAAGCUUUGAGGACAAUCCACAAGUGCAUAUUUCUCUUGAAGGAUCCACAGGAGUUUUUGUUUCUUAUCUCACCAUUAAAGCCCCAGGAGACAGCCCCAACACUGAUGGCAUUCAUAUCCAAUCCUCCACUAAUAUCUUCGUUUCAAAUUCUCUCAUUUCUACUGGGGAUGAUUGCAUAUCAAUUGGUUCCGGCACGUCAAAUGUUAACAUAUCGGACAUCACCUGUGGUCCGGGUCAUGGAAUAAGUAUUGGAAGUUUAAGUAAGAAUGGUGACUACGAGACAGUAGAAUACAUUUAUGUAAAAGAUAUUGUGUUUAAAGGAACAAGCAAUGGAUGUAGAAUAAAGACAUGGCAGACAUCUGCAGUGAACAUUGACAACGUAAUUUACAGCGAUGUACACGGAACAUCAAAUAAAAAAGAUGCAGUACACUUAGCCUGCAGCGAGACAACUCCAUGCACAAAUAUUAUAAUGGAUGAUAUAAAGUUAAAAUUAACUACAAAAGACAAAAAUGGUGAAAACAACGAAGCAGAAUCGUAUUGUUUGAAUGUUGAAGGAGUCACCAAUGGCAAUGUCAUCCCACAAGUAUCAUGUUUGACAGAAGUAUCGCCAUAA